AGCGUUUAUCGAUCGUUUUAGCGACAGCGCAGGGUUGCUUUAUCUUCGAUUUCCCCCCCGCCCCGGCAAGCGGCUUUCAGCGGUCGCCCCCUUUGCGCGGCGCACCCAGCCGCGGCCUGGGUACAACGUGGGGCCUGUGGCAGCGCGGGGGCGGAGGCGGGGCCGGGGGCGGGGCCUUCCCGCGCGAGGCUAUAAAAGGGCAGUGAGGGGCCGCGCGCCCCCACCAGGCUCAAGAUGGCGGCGCUGAGGGCAGCGGGGGCAGCGCUGCUGCGGCCCGGGCGUGGGGAGGCAGCGGCCAGGCUGGGCUACCACAAGAAGGUGGUGGAUCACUACGAGAACCCGCGCAACGUUGGCUCCCUCGACCGUAAUGCCAAGAACGUAGGCACCGGCCUUGUGGGUGCCCCGGCUUGCGGGGACGUCAUGAAGCUGCAGGUGGAAGUGGAUGAGAACGGGAGGAUCGUCGAUGCCCGUUUCAAAACCUUUGGCUGCGGGUCAGCGAUCGCGUCGAGUUCGCUGGCGACGGAGUGGGUCAAAGGGAAAACGGUUGACGAAGCAUUGAAAAUCAAGAACACGGAUAUCGCUAAAGAGCUCUGCCUUCCUCCAGUCAAACUGCACUGCUCGAUGCUGGCUGAAGAUGCGAUCAAGGCUGCCUUGGCUGAUUACAAGUUGAAGCAGGAUCCGAACAAAGAAGAGUCAGAGAAGAAAGCAAACAAUGCCUAAACUGACUGUAAAGCUUGUUUUCAUUCCACUUAAAUUUGCAGUGCAAUUAUUCUAGCUUUUAGUAGGAUCCUGCGCACUACUAAAUGAAGCUGUAAGAUACGCACAACUUAACGCACAACGUGUCACUGUUCACGUGUGUACAGCCACUCUUGUAGUGCUCGCACGACGGGGCUGUGGGUGUUUUCAGCAGCCUGUGUCCUGUCACGACUGUCCUUGGAAUGUUUGAGGGAAGAAGACCGCUCAGCUGCAGAGAACUCAGCGGCUUCUCUCGGGAGAGAAAAUCCUGCUGUUCCGGUACUGGAAGGGCUGCACUUUUUUUUUUUUUUUUGGAAGAUGUAUAGUUUUGCCUAAUAUUUUACAGAAUUUAGUGGGAAACAUUGCCUUGGUCAUAAUGUUUCUGUAAGAACUGCACAUCGGUCUGUGUAUCAAUGCAGUAUACAAAUGCAGGGCGGCGUGUCUGCCCCCCCCGCCCAAACUG